AUGUCAAACUACUUUUUUCAACGAAUAAAAAAUCUGCCGACAACUGCUAAUAAUAGCAAUAAUAAUAAUUCACGAUUAAUACAACAAACAAAAACAACAAUAAACACAGAAUUGACACCAAGUAUGAGUGAUGAUGAAUUAUUGACUAGUGCAUUAAAAUUUGAACAAACAUUACAAAAUAAACAAGCUGAAGAAAAUGUAACGAAAGCAAAAGAAACUCAAAUCAAUAACUCGGAUAUACGAUCAUUUUUUAAACAACCAGCUUCUUCUAUCACCAAUGCAUCAUCAUCUUUAUCGAAACCACUCAAAAAUUCAGUCAGUACUAGUGAUAUUCCAUCCUCAAAUGAUCGAUUGAAACGGGAAAUACAUACUAUUGUUUCAUCAUCGAAAAAACGACCAGCUAAUGAUAGUAGUGAUGAAGAUAUUAUUCCACUGGAUCUUCCUUCUCCAUCAAUCGUUCGACCACCUGUGAAAAAAUUACCUAAUAGUAAACCUGAUUUUCAUUCUUUUGUUCCAAAAGAACAAACGGUCAAUGAAAGAACAAAAACGAUAUUAACAACAUUACGAAGUCGUCGAGCACGUGGUGAACAAGUUGCAAUGACACAAAUCGUUGCCGAAGAACAAUUGAGAGCACGUGAAAAAUUAAUGCGUAAACCAAAACAGACAACAACAACAACAAACGAUGAAAAACUAAAUCAAGCAAAAAAGCCAAUCGUUUCAGUCAAACGAAAAGCUGAUGAUAAUGAUUCUUCAGCAUCAAAGAAAAUUCGAGCAUCAGAAAAGACACCAAAAAAUGCCUUUGAAAAAUUAGUACAAGAAAUGACUGACACAAUGGUUCGUGUUACAUUAACUAAUACAACAACAACAGAUACAGCAACUGUUAGUUCGUCUUCAGCAUCAUCUUCUUCUAGUAUUAAUUUAACUAUUGUACAACAAUCUUCAUCAUCUAUAUCAAGUACAUUACCACUUCGAUCAACAUCAACAAAUAUAAAAGAAAAAAAACCAAAGUCAACAAAAAUUCAUACAUAUGAUGAUUAUCUUAUUUAUAUUCUUAAAUGGUCUGUUUCACUAAUUGAUGAAUUAGAACUUGAAACCAAUAUUUUAUAUAAAGAGUUUCUUGGUGAAGAUACUUAUCCAGUACCAUUACUUGAACUUUAUUCUUCAUUUGAUGAAUAUGAAGAAAUUACAUUACCUUGGUUAUUCGAAGAAACAUUUGAAGAAAUCAAACGAAGUACGAAAAUAAACGAUCAUAAAUUAGCUGGAAUAGAAUUCGAUGCUGUUCUACAUCAAAUACGUCUUUUUAAAUCAGGAAUUUAUGAACUUAGAAGUCAAAUAUUACAAAAACGAACUGCUAAUAAUAAUCAAUAUCGAGAAACGUUUAGUGAUGAUGAUUUAGUUAUUAUUACUUUGUCAAAUCAACCAAUAAAUAAAAUAUUUGGUCUUGUUCGAAGUGGAGAACGAAUUACAGACAAAGCACGUUUACAUAAAUCAUAUCUCGAUCAUCCAGAUGUGAAAAUACAACCACCAGUAUGGUUAUGUCAUGAAUAUAAUAUUCGCAUAUUUGGUAAUGGAAUAAAAAUUCUUGAUGGAUCCAAAAUAAAAAUUAAAGCAAUUACUUCAUUAACUGCUACAUUACGUCGUUUUAAAGCUCUUGCAUCAAUGCGUUCAUGUCCUUUAUUUGAACAUCUACUUAGUCCAUCAUUGAAUGAUAAUAUAUUUCAAAUAACAAAUAAACAAGAAAAUUGUAUGGAAGAAAAAUAUUAUCAGGCUUAUAAUGAGUCUCAACGAAAUGUUAUUGCUGAAGCUGUUUCAAUGAUACGUGAUACAAAAGAUGAUAAUCAAGCAAAAAUUUAUAUGUGUCAAGGACCACCUGGCACUGGUAAAUCUCAAACAAUUACUGGCAUUGUUAGAGCACUUUUGGAACCAAUAUUAUCUUCAUCUACUUCAAAUGAUCAAUCUCCAACAAUAUCAUCAUCUGGUGUAUCAAAGAAAAAAAUGAAAAUAUUAAUAUGUUGUCCUUCAAAUGGUGGUUGUAAUGAAAUAGUUCGUCGUUUAAUUGAUGUGUUUGCACGUAAAACAACUGAUUCAAAUAGUGAUCAAACUGUAUCGAAAUUACCAUUCAAACUAAUUCGUUGUGCACGUGGUGGUGGUGUAAGUCGAGAUAUUGAAAAUUUGUCGCUUGAUGUACUUGCUCAAAAACGUCUCGAAGAAGUAUUAAAUACUGGUGGACAAAAUGAAGCUAUCGAACGAAAUUUAGCUAAUAAAGAAAAACAGAAAAAACAACUUUUACAAAGAAUUGAAGACGAAAAAAAGAAACAACAAACAACAUCUGAAAAACAUCAGACUUCUGAAGAGUUAAAAGAUUUAGAAUUAAAUUUAAAAGAAAUAACUGCAAGUAUUCUAAAAUUACAACAAACAUGUCGGAAGACAAUACCUGAAGCUGCUCGACGUCAACGUGAACGCGAAAUUAAAUUAGAAUUAUUACAAGAUGCUGAUAUCUGUGUUGCAACUCUUAAUUAUGUUGGAAAUCCAAUAUUUGAUUCUUUUUCUCCAUUUCAUAUGAAUAAUCAAAUGAAUAAGAAUGAUAAAUUAAAAAAAUUACCAACACCAACACCAUCAUCAUCAUCUUCAAUAGUAUCAACUCUAUUUAAUUGUUUAAUUAUUGAUGAAGCUGGUCAAUGUACAGAAAUCGAUAAUUAUAUUCCACUUCGACUUGGAAUGAAUCGAAUUGUACUUGUUGGUGAUCCUGAACAACUUCCUGCUACUAUUUUAUCUCGACGAGCACUUGAAGCUGGUUUAAAUCAAUCAUUAUUUGAACGACUAUAUAAAUUAUUUAAAUAUGAUUUAAACAAUCCAAUUCGUAUGCUUAAUAUACAAUAUCGAAUGCAUGAUGAAAUAUGUAAAUUUCCAUCAAUGCAUUUUUAUCGUUCGAAAUUAAAAACAGAUAAGAUAAUAAAUCAAAAACGAAAAAAAUUUCUAUUAAAACCAUAUAUGAUACUUGAUGUUGUUAAUGGUCAAGAUCAACUUGAUUCUAUUACACAAUCUUAUGGAAAUCCACUUGAAGCAAAUAUUGUUGCAUGUCUAGUACAAUUUAUUAAUGAACGAGCAAAAGUACCAUUCAAUCAAAUUGGUAUUAUUACUCCAUAUAAUUACCAAGUUAAACUUAUUGAACAAAGACUUAUGCAAUACAAUCUUCAUCAACAUAAAAUUGAAAUUGGAACAGUCGAUGCUUUUCAAGGUCGACAAAAAGAUGUUAUUAUUUUAUCAUGUGUUCGUGCUACACAAAUUACUGAUACAACAACAACAAUAGGAAUUGGUUUUGUUGCUAAUCGACAACGAUUAAAUGUUUCAUUAACUCGAGGAAAAUAUGCAAUGUAUAUAUUAGGUCAUAUGAAUUCAUUGAAUAUAAAUGACGAUUGGCAAAAAUUAUAUUCAAAUGCUGUCGAACGAAAAACUAUUGUUCAAUUGACAUCAACUGAUCAAUUUGAAUGGCUUAUAAAACGCCAACAAGAACUCCAAAUACAUCAUAAUGAAAACAACUGA